AAUACAGAGACGUCGCAUAUCAUAUAUAUGCAUCUUCUUCUCUCACAUUUUCAUCUUUCCUUUCUCCGUUUCAUUGCCAUUUCUCCUCUCUCUCUCUCUCUCUCUCUCUUCAUCUCUAUUGAUAAUCCAACACAGCUUCCAUUUCCCAUCUCUUUAACCAUCUUUUCAGUUCUGUUUCCCUCUUUUUCUAGACCUAAUAACCAAUCCCAACCCUCCGGUUUCUCACCUAACUUACUCUCCGGUCACCGGUUUAUUAACCGCAAGGUCUGUGGGCAAACAAUUUGUUUGUGGAAGUGUGAUAUUUUUAUGAGUGAUGGUGUCAAGAUCCUGUAUGAAUUUCUUAGACUUGGCUUCUGGGAACCUGUUGGAAAUUCCUCAUACUCCAAGAUCUAUUCCUAGAGUGAUGACUGUCCCUGGAAUUAUCUCAGAUUUGGAUGGUUAUGGGCCUUAUGGGAGUAAUGAUGAGGACUCAGAGAUUGCUUCAUCUAUUUGCCGCGAGCGGAAAAUUAUAGUGGCAAAUAUGUUACCUUUACAAGCUAAAAAAGAUCCAGGAACUGCCAAGUGGUGCUUCAGUUGGGAUGAAGAUUCGCUUUUUUUGCAACUGAAGGAUGGUUUUUCUCCUGAAACUGAAGUUAUUUAUGUGGGGUCUCUGAAGGCUGAUAUAGAUGCUACUGACCAGGAAGAAGUUUCCCAAAAACUGCUUGAGGAUUUCAACUGUGUUCCUACAUUUCUACCCCAAGACCUACAGAGGAAAUUUUAUCUUGGGUUUUGUAAACAGCAAUUGUGGCCUCUUUUCCACUACAUGCUGCCCAUGUGCCCAGACCAUGGUGAUCGCUUUGACCGUAAUCUUUGGCAGGCCUAUGUUUCAGCUAACAAAAUUUUUGCUGACAAGGUCAUGGAAAUAAUUAGCCCGGAUGAAGAUUAUGUUUGGAUUCAUGACUAUCACUUAAUGCUUCUUCCAACUUUUCUGAGGAAGGGCUACAAUCGUGUCAAGCUUGGAUUUUUCCUCCACAGUCCAUUUCCUUCAUCAGAAAUAUACCGAACUCUGCCAGUUCGUGAUGAAAUUCUGAGGGGACUUUUGAAUUGUGAUCUAAUUGGGUUUCAAACAUUCGAUUAUGCACGGCACUUCCUCUCCUGCUGCAGCAGAAUGCUUGGCUUGGACUAUGAAUCAAAGAGGGGACACAUUGGACUUGAUUACUUUGGCCGAACAGUGUACAUCAAAAUAUUGCCUGUAGGUAUACACGUUUGCCGGCUUGAAUCAGUAAUGAAUCUUCCCUAUACGUCUGCAAAAGUGAAAGAAAUUCAAGAGCAGUUCAGUGGGAAAAAGGUAAUUCUUGGUAUUGAUGACAUGGACAUAUUCAAAGGCAUCAGUCUGAAACUAUUGGCAAUGGAACAACUCCUGCAGCAACAUCCAGACUUGCAGGGAAAAGUAGUCCUGGUUCAGAUUGUUAACCCUGCAAGGGGAUCAGGGAAAGAUGUCCAAGAAGCAAAGCGGGAGACAUAUUUAAUUGCCAAAAGGAUCAAUGACGUUUAUGGUUCACAUGAAUAUGAGCCAGUAAUUCUGAUUGACCGUCCUGUUCCUCGUUAUGAGAAGACUGCCUAUUAUGCUGUAGCCGAAUGUUGCAUAGUGAAUGCAGUGAGAGAUGGGAUGAAUUUGGUGCCUUAUAAAUAUAUUGUUUGUAGGCAGGGAACCCCAUAUAUGGACAAAGCCAUGGGCAUAACAUCGGAUUCUCCUCGCACUAGCAUGCUUGUUGUGUCUGAGUUUGUUGGUUGUUCACCUUCUUUGAGUGGAGCAAUUAGGGUAAAUCCAUGGGACAUUGAUGCUGUGGCUGAUGCCUUGAAUUUGGCUAUUACCAUGCGUGAAUCUGAGAAGCAGUUGCGUCAUGAGAAACAUUACCGGUAUGUCAGUACUCAUGAUGUGGCAUAUUGGGCACGCAGCUUUAUGCAGGAUUUGGAGAGAGCUUGCCAAGAUCAUUAUAAUAAAAGAUGUUGGGGAAUUGGGUUUGGCCUGGGAUUCAGAGUUGUGUCUCUCUCUCCGAGCUUCAGGAAGCUGUGUAUUGAACACAUUGUCUCGGCUUAUAAAAGGACAAAUAGAAGAGCAAUAUUUCUGGACUAUGAUGGUACUGUUGUACCACAGACUUCUAUUGUUAAAAGCCCCAGUGCUGAAGUCAUCUCUGUUCUGAAAACUCUGUGCAAUGAUCAAAAUAACACAGUGUUUAUUGUCAGUGGGAGGGGGAAAAAUUCAUUGAGUGAAUGGCUUGAUCCAUGUGAGAGAUUAGGAAUAGCAGCUGAACAUGGAUACUUCAUGAGGUACAAUAAAACCUCUGAUUGGGAAACCAAUCCUGUUACCGACAAUGAUCUUGAUUGGAAAAAUAUCGUUGAGCCUAUAAUGAGAUCAUAUACGGAGGCAACUGAUGGCUCCAGUAUAGAGGUUAAGGAGAGUGCUCUGGUAUGGCACCAUCAAGAUGCAGACCCUGACUUUGGAUCAUGCCAAGCCAAAGAGUUGCUGGAUCAUCUUGAAAAUGUCCUUGCAAAUGAACCAGCUGUUGUUAAGCGUGGUCAACAUAUUGUUGAAGUUAAGCCACAGGGAAUAAGUAAAGGAUCUGUUGCUGAAAAGGUUCUUUUGGACAUGGUUAAUCAUGGGAAGCCACCUGACUUUGUGCUGUGCAUUGGUGAUGAUAAAUCAGAUGAGGACAUGUUUGGGAGUAUACUAAGCACGGUUUCUGAUCCCACUUUGCCUGUAGCACCAGAGAUAUUUGCCUGCACUGUCGGUCAGAAGCCAAGCAAGGCUAAAUAUUAUCUCGAUGAUGCUGUUGAUGUUGUGAAAUUGCUCCAAGGCCUUGCAACUGCUUCAUGCCCAAAGCCCAAGCAUACUGAACAGGUCCUGGUCUCUUUUGAGAGUGCUAUUUGAGUAAGCUGGCAAAUUCCAUGCACUGUGACCAUCAACUUGAUUUUGAGGCUUUUAUACCUGUGAAUGAAGAUAGAAUGUUUGGCCGUUGAUAUUUGAUUUGAUCUGAUGCAUGAUCGAACCUUGCCGGUGCAGUUGUGGUUUUUGGGCAUCUCUUAAAAUGCUUGGCGGAAUAGAAAAAGAUGGAUUUUUUGGAGAGACAACUGACAAUUCCAUUUCAGUUAUUCCUGAGAUAAGUCGUGCUUUUACUGGUGGUGCCAUUAAGAUUAAUUCUCAGCCGCUAGCUUCCAAAAAUAUUCCUUCCCCCCUUUUUCUUUUCUAGACUAUGAUGCACCUUAAAUUGUAUAGAUACACUGUUAUUUGACACCACACACAUGUCAAUUUGAUACUAAAAUGACUAUUGGCUAUACGCGAGUUGAAUGUGUCCGAUUAUUUGAAUUGUUGGAGUUGGGUGGCUCGGCAAGUUGUAAAUACUUCUAUAGUUUUUUUUUUUUUUAAAUUUUCCAUAGAAUGUUGCUCUCUCAAUCCGUUUUUGUUUAAUAUGCUUGUGAACUGAGGCAAGAUACUAACAAUUUGUUUCCUGUUAAUGAAUGCGUAUAGAUUUAUAUUAUCA